AUGCACGACUGCCGCACCAACGGCGGGCACUUCUUCGUCCACCGCCCGCAAGGCCACGCCUUCCGCUGCCGCCGCUGCAGCGAGCGCUUCGUAAACAGCUGGUCCCCCACUACUACUAGCACUAGCUCUGCGGGCCCGCGGCAGAAGCACCCCUGGCGGUGCAUCAUCGAGCGGUGCGAGUACGUCGCGUGCGACCCGUGCUCGAGCAUCCUGAUGGAGGAGCUUGCUGCGGGCGGGGAUGGCGCAGAGAAGGUGGAUGAGAAGGUCAAGGGGGAGAAGGGGGGGAAGGGGGUGGGGGAGGGGGAGGGGGCCGAGAAGGAGAAGGAGGGGGUCAUGGAGGUGGAUGAUGAGGAGGAGGAGGGCGAGGGCGGGUAUGAGCCUGCGGUGGUGUGUAGGACCGCCAGGCAGGCGGCGGCGGAGGCGGCGAUGAAGAGGGCGUAUGUUAAGCGGGCGCCGGUGAGGCAUGGGGGGAGGGUGGAGUAG